UAAUCAAGUAUAGAAUUCUGUUGCCCCUGGAUUCUGUGGGAGUGUCUUUUCCCUGACUGGACUCUCUCCUUUCAAUGGGAAUGAGUUAUUGAAACGAAUAAAUAGCUGAUAACACAUCAGGAGCUGGUACUGAAUUUUGGGCUAAGAGGUGACAACACUUUACAAGAGAAACCAAGACACCACUACAAUGGCGGGGAAGCCCAAGCUUCAUUACUUCAAUGGAAGGGGAAGGAUGGAGUCCAUCCGGUGGCUCUUGGCUGCAGCUGGGGUAGAGUUUGAAGAGAAGUUUAUAGAAACUCGAGAAGACUGGGAUAGGAUAAGAAAAGAUGGGAGUUUGAUGUACCAGCAAGUGCCCAUGGUUGAGAUUGAUGGGAUGAAGUUGGUGCAGACCAGGGCUAUUAUCAACUACAUUGCCAACAAACACAACCUCUAUGGGAAAGACAUGAAAGAGAGAGCCCUGAUUGAUAUGUAUGUGGAAGGUGUGGCAGAUUUGAAUGAAAUGACCAUUGUUUUCCCCGUGCAUCCACCUGGGGUAAAAGAAACAAAGCUUUCUGAGAUCAAAGACAAAGCAAAGAAUCGCUAUUUUCCUGCCUUUGAAAAGGUGUUGAAGAGCCACGGACAAGACUACCUUGUUGGCAACAAGCUGAGCAAGGCUGACAUUCUCCUGGUUGAACUUCUCUACAACGUGGAAGAGCUCGACCCCAGUGCAAUCGCCAGCUUCCCUCAGCUGCAGGCCCUGAAAACCAGAAUCAGCAACCUCCCCACCGUGAAGAAGUUUCUGCAGCCUGGCAGCCAGAGGAAGCCUCCUACAGAUGAGAAAACGAUAGAGGAAGCAAAGAAGAUGUUCAUGUAAUAAAGCAGGUGUAGAAAUAAGCCCAUGUUAUCCAGUCUUCUGAAUGAAGUAUAUCCCUUAUAUUCUGAUCCUGGUUGUUGUGAAACUAAUAAACCUGUUUCAAAUGA